UAGGUUUGUGCGUGCGUGCGUGCGUGAACUGUGCGUAACCCGCCAUAGAGAGAAGGAGAGGAAUCAUCGGCCACUUCCGCCCUUUUUGCGCCGAGGGGUGUGAAUAAAAGUUACAAAGAUAGAUACCGUGUGGGGUUGGGCCUCUGCCCCGCUGCGUCUUGCGGCCAACAGGAUGGGAGACGUACUGAUAUCGGAUCGUCCACCGUCGCCGGCGAGUAGAUUGUCACACACCUCGGAAAAGCAUCCUCGGGUGACCCUGCAGGAGCUCAACGUGCUGCGGCGCCACCGUGAGCUGUGCGAUGUCGUGAUUAAUGUGAGCGGCCGAAAGAUAUUCGCCCACCGUGUGAUCCUGUCCGCCUGCAGCCCCUACUUCCGGGCCAUGUUCACAGGCGAGCUGGAAGAAUCGCGCCAAACAGAGGUGACCAUCCGGGACAUCGACGAGAACGCAAUGGAACUGCUGAUCGACUUCUGCUACACUUCGCACAUCGUCGUCGAGGAAUCGAACGUUCAGACCCUGCUGCCCGCCGCUUGUCUGCUUCAGUUGGCCGAAAUACAGGACAUUUGCUGCGAGUUCCUCAAGCGGCAGCUCGAUCCGACCAACUGUCUCGGGAUCCGGGCGUUUGCCGACACGCACUCGUGCCGCGAGUUGCUGCGCAUCGCGGACAAGUUCACGCAACACAACUUCCAGGAGGUGAUGGAAAGCGAAGAGUUUCUACUGCUGCCGGUCGGCCAGCUGGUGGACAUCAUCUGCAGCGACGAGCUGAACGUGCGCUCCGAGGAGCAGGUCUUCAAUGCGGUGAUGGCGUGGCUCAAAUACAAUGUGGCCGAACGGCGCCAGCAUCUGGCGCAAGUGCUGCAGCACGUGCGGAUGCCGUUGCUGAGUCCAAAGUUUCUCGUCGGCACGGUCGGGUCCGAUUUGCUCGUCCGCUCGGACGAAGCCUGCCGCGAUCUGGUGGAUGAGGCGAAGAACUAUCUGCUACUGCCACAGGAGCGACCGCUGAUGCAGGGACCGAGGACCCGGCCCCGGAAACCGACCCGCCGCGGUGAGGUUCUGUUCGCCGUUGGCGGAUGGUGUUCGGGCGAUGCGAUUGCCUCGGUCGAACGGUUCGAUCCGGAGACGGCUGACUGGAAGAUGGUCGCUCCGAUGAGUAAACGGCGCUGCGGAGUCGGUGUGGCCGUGUUGAAUGAUUUACUGUACGCCGUCGGUGGGCACGAUGGGCAGAGCUAUCUGAACAGCAUCGAACGGUACGAUCCGCAGACGAAUCAGUGGUCUUGUGAUGUGGCCCCCACCACCAGCUGUCGCACCAGCGUUGGGGUGGCCGUGCUGGAUGGGUUUCUGUACGCCGUCGGCGGGCAGGAUGGGGUGCAGUGUUUAAACCACGUCGAACGGUACGAUCCGAAGGAGAACAAAUGGUCAAAGGUGGCACCGAUGACGACGCGACGGCUUGGGGUGGCCGUGGCCGUGCUCGGUGGUUACCUUUACGCGAUCGGUGGCUCCGACGGCCAGUGUCCGCUGAAUACCGUCGAGCGGUACGACCCGCGGCAAAACAAGUGGUGCGCCGUCAGUCCGAUGUCGACGCGCAGGAAACAUUUGGGGUGCGCCGUGUUCAACAACUUUAUCUACGCCGUCGGGGGUCGGGACGACUGUAUGGAGCUGUCGUCGGCCGAACGCUACAAUCCGCACACCAACUCCUGGAGCCCGAUCGUGGCCAUGACGUCCAGACGAAGCGGAGUUGGACUAGCGGUCGUAAACGGGCAGCUUUACGCGGUUGGAGGUUUCGAUGGCACCGCCUACUUGAAGACGAUCGAGGUGUACGAUCCGGAAACGAAUCAAUGGCGGCUGUGCGGGUGCAUGAACUACCGACGGCUCGGCGGUGGGGUUGGCGUGAUGCGGGCACCACAGACAGAGAACUACAUGUGUCUCUAUCCCUGUGCAGGCUUAAAUUAAAACUGACCACCACACUAGCUGGGCUAGCAGACUCACAGGAGAGCAAAAAUGGAACCGAAUGGCGGGUGACCGAGCGCUGGUUGACUGCGGCUCUGCAGCGGCGUAAUAUUUCACGUGUUGAUGUUACUAAGACAAUUGCGUAGAUGAAAAAGAACAUUAACCCCGAUUUCGUCCGCCGCGACUUCAUGAUUCGUGGAUUCGAGUAAACUAUAGUAAAUCAGCAAGCGAAUGUCAGGGGUGAACCGAUCAGUGGCCGGUAGGAAGCGAUCACUUGUCAUGUAGAUAUUUAGACUAUUUAUCGAGCGCCAGUACGCCGCGGCAGCAUCAAUCGAAUAAUCGUGCUUACGAAGUAACAUUCGAGAAUGUAACACAAAGAAAGCUAACCUUCCAACGUUUUUUGGGUGGCAGGUUGUUCGUGGAAUAGAUAUUUAGCAUCCAUAAGGCUUAGGGGGUGAACGUGUGAUCUGGAAGGGCGUUAGUAUUAGCGGUUCGGUUGAGAUAAGCGGCGCGGAAGGGGCAGCAAGUUCUUUUUUAUUACUGUCGACUUUCUCUCCCCCGGUAAACUGAGUAACGAACGUUUUUUUACAAUUCUUGUUACUAAAGUGAUCUUUGAGUUGCGCUUUUUGUCUGGUCGCUUUCUAUAAGGUACAGCGCGGAGGAACUGAAGUUUUUAUCAUAAGAAUUACCGUCACCUUUCGUUAAAUGGUCGCUUUAGAGUAGGGCUUUCAUAAUUAUGCGAUGCGUUAUCGAUUGUGUCACUCACUCAUCUCGUUAUAAGAAAGUGCACCUUACCGCGUGGCCGCGUACCACGUGUCGCGUAAACACUCCACGAUUGUGUAGCAAACCCUUGUCUAAAUAUGAGCGUUUUUGGCUUUGCUUUCGUUCCGUUUCGAACCAUUUUCCCAACAGUGAACUAAUUUAUUAGAACGAAACGAGGUGCCGAGCAAGAGGAUCGCCAACGGGGCGGGAUUAGUGGAGCAUAAUAUUAACUGUUAUUACUGAACUUCUGUAUGAC